AUGGUGCUCAGCGCGGUCCUCCUGCUGCUGGCCGCCUAUGCCGGGCUGGCUCAAGGUCUGGGCUCUUUCGUGCACUGUGAGCCCUGCGAUGAGAAAGCGCUGUCUAUGUGUCCCCCCAGCCCUCUGGGCUGCGAGCUGGUCAAGGAGCCUGGCUGCGGCUGCUGCAUGACUUGCGCCCUGGCGGAGGGGCAGUCGUGUGGCGUCUACACUGAGCGCUGCGCCCAAGGUUUGCGCUGCCUCCCCCGGCAGGAUGAGGAGAAGCCGCUGCAUGCCCUGCUGCACGGCCGCGGGGUUUGCCUCAACGAAAAGAGCUAUGGCGAGCAAACCAAGAUAGAGAGAGAUUCUCGCGAGCAUGAGGAACCUACCACCUCUGAGAUGGCUGAAGAGACCUACUCCCCCAAGGUCUUCCGGCCCAAGCACGUUCGCAUUUCCGAGCUGAAGGCAGAGGCCGUGAAGAAAAACCAGAGAAAGAAGCUGACCCAGUCUAAGUUUGUAGGGGGCGCAGAGAACACUGCCCACCCCAGAGUCAUCCCUGCGCCUGAGAUGAGACACGAAUCUGAGCAAGGCCCCUGCCGCAGACACAUGGAAGCUUCCCUGCAGGAACUCAAAGCCAGCCCACGCAUGGUGCCCCGUGCUGUGUACCUGCCCAAUUGUGACCGCAAAGGAUUCUACAAGAGAAAGCAGUGCAAGCCUUCCCGUGGCCGCAAACGUGGCAUCUGCUGGUGUGUGGACAAGUACGGGAUGAAGCUGCCAGGCAUGGAGUACGUCGAUGGGGACUUUCAGUGCCACACCUUCGACAGCAGCAACGUUGAGUGA